GUUUGGGGUGGUGAGUUCGAGGCUGACAGUGGCUGAUGACGCCAUCUCAUUGAAUCUCACUCCAAGCCGACGGUGAAAACUGAUUACAGAUACACAGCUAAAUUUUGCAGCACGGCAAAAAAUAAUAUUGAUGACAUUAAGACCCUGCUCGAAUCAAUAACUAUUCUGACCGAAAUCCACAGGACUGUAGUCAACUGCUUUGAUUUGGUAAGGUGGAUAACCUGUGCCUAAACCUCGUUCCCAGGUUGUCAUUCCAUGGUCCUAUUAUUCCAUGGUUCCGUUGCACGUGUUAUAAAGUGCAAAUUGUUUCUUACGUCAUGUAUUGAGAUAUUGAGCCUGUGUUUUUCAGUCGAUCAGGUUUUAUUUCUUCAGGUUCUUUCUGUUAGAUUCUGUAGAGGGUUUGCUAGUCCUACAGCUGUCUGUUGGUAGAAUUAUACGCAAUAAGCUUCGAUCGGUCAUCUCUGGAAGAUUAUUUGUUCUUGUUGUAAAUAUUAAGUCGGUCUUUCGAUAACCCAUCGAAACAUGCUAUGCCGGCGCUUUAUCAUCGAAGAUUUCGUGAUUUUCUGGAGGACAGCGAGUAAAGCUCCCACGGAGAUUCUUGUAAAUAACCAGCAAGAAAGGUGACAAUCAAGAGUCUUUGACCAAAUGGCGACAGGACUGUGCGAAAAGAGACAGCCACGACGUCAGAGUAAAGAACAUGAAAAUUUAGUUCGCUUUGCUUUGAGUGGGCUCUCCUGCAUGUGCGCAGCAACAGGUAAGCUCUGCUUGGUUCAGUAGAUUGUUAUAUUCUUCUUUGCUCUUACUGUAUACUGUUUAUACUGCAAGGAUGGACCGUGAAGUAUUUAGUCAAGCUGACCCAAGCGGAAUUUCUGAAUGUCACAGCGACUAUGAAGUCGCUUUUAUAAAACUAGUACCCAGGUACAUUAUUAUUUAUGAUAGACGAUAAAAUAUAUUAUUUCCUCUUGGGAACUGCUCGUGAAUUUAAGGGUCGGUUUUCAUGUUAAUGUAACAUUUUGCUAACAAUUUAUCUCUUUGGUUGAUGUGGUGUUGUUGAGGAUGUCAAUAUGAGUAACUGAGCUUAUUAAAAGACGUACUUUGUAGUGUUAUGCACAAUGAAAUUUAAACAGGCAAUUGCAUCGGACAAAGUUAGGUCUUGAAGUAGUUGAGACCUUGAUUUUCCGUGCCAAUUUGUGGAAUAUCAGUGAUAGAAACACAUAACUCCUGUAGGUAACUUUAUCACAAUGUUGUUGGAAUGAAGUAACCUGGGAUUUCACUCAAGUUGGGGUUAGGGUAAGGCAUAGGCCCCCAUUCACACACCCCUCUCCUCCCCUCCCCCACAGCUGCCAGACAACAUAUGCCAAGUUCAAGUUACAAAAGAUAACUGAUAAGUAGAGCCGCAUAAUUUAUGAAUUGUAGGUAAUUUUGGAAACUCCUGGGAAAGUCACCAAGUUAGUGACAUGUAAGAGCUAGUCAAGUAAUAGCCUGCAACAUUUUUAUCUUGUUGUGUUUAUGGUUGUUCCUCAAUGUAAAAUAAUCAUUUUAUAAUACUCAGGUAUUUUAAAACUUGCCUCUGAUUGCCCUGCAUUUUCACCAAAAUGUAACUGUAAUUCAUUUUCCUUCUAGUUACAAAUCCUAUAGAUGUAAUUAAGACUCGCAUGCAGCUUGAUAAUGAAUUGGGCUCCCAACAUGAAAGCAGAAACAUAUUUCAUAACCGUUACUAUCGUGGUUUGGUUCGAGGGGCAGCAAGGAUUGCUCAUGAGGAAGGGAUACGUGGUCUGUACAAAGGGUGAGUUAGCACUAGCACGGCUGAACAUAUGCCUUACCCCUUUCACUCUCAAGAUCUCAUUAAUACUUCUCCUUGAUGACUGCCAUACAAUUCUUUUGAUUUUAGUUCUGAGGAUUUGUUAUCAGAUCAACUAAUAAUCCCUAAUUGAUAUUUCUCUUUAUUCUUGUCACUUGUCUGCUUGAUAUUAUAUGGAUAUUUUGAGGAGAAAUUCUGUCUUGGUCACUCAUGGGAGUUAAAGAGUUGAGGGCCAAUUUAUGCAGUAAGAAAUAAUUUAAAUUUGAAUGUCAAAUGAUGUAACAUUCUAUGGUUAGGGUUAGGUAAUUUUUAAUUAGCUGUAAAGUAAUUAAAAAUUGUUAUCUUUUGUAAGACUUCCCUUUUUAAUAAUUUCCUUAAAUGGGUAAAUGAGAACUAUAAUGAUUCAUGCAGAAAAGAGGAGCUUUUGUAAUGGGUCAGAUGGCUAUUUCAGUUAUGGAAUGCAAUUGCAACAAUUAAUUGAUGUGAUCUUAGACUGAUGCUUACAUAAAACAAGUAAACAUUGUCAAUGAAUUUUCUUUCCAAGCAUAUUUUUGUUUUGUAUCAAAAUGGAUUUUGUUUGGGUUUAAUUUUCAAUCAAAAGAGUGAGUUCUUCUGGCAUUGGUUCUGUUCUCUUGUUAAGCCUCUGCAUUGAUGUGAAGAGGGAAAACCAUAAAAUUUCAUUUUUUGGAUAUCUGUCUGAAAAGAUGGCCAGGAUUUACCAGAAGAGUUUCAUUGAAUGAAAAGGAUAGUAAUUAAUAUUGACUUCAUGUAUGUUGCAUAUGCAUAUUUCUGAUAACUUUUGAUCAAAAUUUGCUUCAGAAGUAUCCUCUCUUUGUAACAUAGGUAAGCUGUCUUUUUUAUAUAAUAAGCUGAUCAACAAAUAUGCUUGCAUUUUGAUUGGUUCCCAGUUUUGAUCUAUUUGAGGACUUUAGUCAUGUCUAUUUUAACAAUUUUUGUUUCUAUUUUAUAUGAAACAAAUAGAUCCCUUGUUUCAAUGGGUCUGUUGAGUAAAAGUUCACUGAGAAUGUCAAAAUGUGGUAAGAACAUUAGCUAUGCCUUGUGUGCCCCCUUUUUGUUCUUACCAUCUUUUGAUGUCAUCUGUGAUGUAUAGCUCAUCAGACACAACAGCAUGGAACCUAUUUGUCAACUAGACAAUACUGAUUGAUCAAAAUGUUACAUGAUUAGCUGUUGAGUAUUAUGUACUAUGAUAAAAAAGUAUGGAAAGUUCAAAUAUUAAAUUGGUGUUUAGCGCACUAAAAUGAUUGACUUAAAAUUUAUGCACAACUUUCCACUCUAUGAUUCAAGUGCAAUCAGAAUGUUAUAACAUGUAUAUUCCAUUAAUCAGAGGAUGUUGUUUUAGUGAAUUUCCAUGCUUUUAGGAUUGCUUACAGAAAAUUUACUCCAGUAAACAGAACAGGAAGAGGCUCAACGUCUUAGCAAAAAAAUUCCUUUUAUCUUCUUUACUCCAGUAUCACUCCCUCACUGAUGAGAGAAGCCAGUUACAGUACACUGCGACUAGGCUUGUAUGAACCUCUGAAAGAGUGGUUUGGAGCAACAGACCCUGCUCACACACCACUGUGGAAAAAGGUCUGCUCUGGAGCAAUUGCUGGCGCAAUUGGAAGUGCCAUAGCUUGCCCCACUGAUGUGGUAAAGAUCCGUUUGAUGGCAUUACCAUCUGGAAAUAAAUGGGAGUAUAGACACACACUUCAUGCAUUUCAAGCAAUUGUUGCCAAUGAAGGAAUUCGUGGACUUUGGACAGGUGUGAAUGCUACAGUGAAAAGGUCUGCACUUGUAUCAGCUACAGCUGUAUCUUCAUAUGAUCAUGCCAAACAUAAAAUAUUAAAUGCUGGACUUCUUCAGGAAGGACCUGUUCUGCACAUAAUGGCUUCCUCCAUAGCAGGAUUUGUGACAAACUGUGUCUCAUCACCAAUAGACAUGGUGCGCACCAGGUACAUGAAUCAAAAGAAGGAUUGCAACAAGAAACCACUGCUUUACCGAGGAACAAUAGACUGUAUAGCAAAGACAGUUCACAAAGAAGGGCUUUUUGGUCUCUAUAAAGGGUUUAUACCAAACUGGACAAGAACUGGAACUCACACAGUUGUAACAUUCUUUGUUUUUGAACAGUUGCGGGCUUUUGUGGGGUUGAAGCCAAUGUAACUGAUAUAUUGUAGAUUACCUAUACUUAAUGUAGUAAGUUUGGUUCAAUGUGCAGUAUGCAAAUAUCCUUUAAAUCAAAGUAAUUAUCUCAUAAUUUGAAACAUUUUUGCUGUUG